AUGAGUCUUGAUAGUGCAGCUGGGUCGGAUGGAUAUAAUGGAAAAUUCUUUCAAUCCUGUUGGGAUAUCAUUAAGGAGGAUAUCACUGAAUUUGUUCAAGCAAUCUUCAAUGGCAGGAGGCUCACUAAAUUUUUCACACAUACUUGCCUAGUUCUUAUUCCUAAAGUGGACUCUCCUAGUAGUUUCUCGGAUUUGAGACCUAUUAGUUUGAGUAACUUUACAACCAAGACUAUCUCCAAGAUCCUUUCUAGAAGGCUGAAUCCUGUACUUGGGAAACUUAUAUCAAAGAAUCAGAGUGGCUUUGUGAAAGGAAGAUUGAUCACUGAAAACAUCCUUCUAGCUCAAGAGAUUGCUCAAGGCGUGAACAAGAAGAACAGAAGAGGCAAUGGGCUUCUACAAGGUAUCUGGUACUCUAUCAUUAUCAAUGGGGCUAGGACUGGAUUUUUCACAUCUACUCAGGGCCUUAAACAAGGAGAUCUUUUAUCCCCUUCUUUGUUUAUUAUUGGAGUUGAGGUUCUCUCUAGAUCUCUCAAUGAGCUAAAUGAAUUUAUUGGCUUCGCUCUUUUUAGCAUGGAUCAGAGAGGCCCAAUGAUCAAUCAUUUAGCCUAUACCGAUGAUAUUGUUAUAUUCUGUGGUGGAAACAACAUGACUAACAAGUUAAUCAAAAAGACUAUUGAUAGGUAUGAAAAGGCUUCUAGGCAGAAAGUUAAUAAUGACAAGAGCUUCUUUAUUACAGCCCCUCACACCUAUGCAGCAAGAAUCAAUAAAAUUAGAAAUGCUACCAGUUAUAUGGAUAAGUCCUUCCCUUUCUCUUAUCUAGGAUGCCCUAUAUACUUUGGGAGGAAGACUAGCAAUCUAUUUGACGUUAUGCUCUCUAAAAUUAUCAAGAAACUCAAUGGAUGGCAAGCCAAUAUGAUGUCCUCUGGAAGGAGAAUGAUUUUGAUUAAACAUGUCCUGCAAGAUCCCACAUACAUCAUAUCUGCUAUGAACCCUCCUAAAGGAAUUACUAAGCUCAUGAGAAACACUUUGCAAACUUCUUCUAGGGUACAAACGAAGGCCAACUUUCUCAAGAGUAAAUAUUGCAAAAGAGCUCAUCCAGUGAACAAAAGGCUAAAUCCAACUGAUUCUCAUAUUUGGAUAAACAUGCUCAAAAUCAGAGACAAAGCAGAGAAUAACAUUAGAUGGGAAAUUCAAAAAGGUAAUUGUAGCUUUUGGUUGGACAACUGGACAGGUAAAGGCGCUUUAGCCAAUAUUUUACAAGGUGGUGGGAGAUCUUCUGAAGUACAGGUGAAAGACUUCAUGAAUAAUGGAGAAUGGAAUAUUGGAAAACUCAAUGAUCUUCUCCGUGCUCAUAUUACUGAUAAUAUUGCUCACCUGGAAAUAGGAGACCCAAAUGAGGAUGACUUCCUUGUUUGGACUAUUUCUAAUGAUGGGAAAUUUUCUUCUAACAUAGCAUGGCAUUCUAUUAGAUUCAAGAAACAGAAGAAUGUAGAAACAGUGCAACAUGUGUUUAAUAGUAGUGAAGCUGCCAACUUCAUAUGGAAUAACAUAGGAUUUGGAAUCAAACAUCAACAGGAGCCUAUUAUUGCUACCUUCAAAAAAUGGUGGGAAACAACUGCCAAAAAUAAAGUGCACAAUCAAAUUCUUCAGAUAGCUCCCACAAUCAUAUGUUGGGAACUCUGGAAACAAAGGAAUGCGUGCAGAUAUGAAAAACAGAAGAAGUUUCAGCUGAACACUAUGAGACACCAAAUCAUAUGGACUUUGAAAGCAGUUAUCUCCAACAUUGUACCUGAUGACUACACUCAGAUGGAAUGGCCCCUAUUAUGUGAUAAAAUAGAGAGACUCAGACCAUCACAAAAAUGGAUACAAGUUACAUGGGAGUUCCCUCUACCUGGCAUUGUCAAGGUUAAUACAGAUGGAAGUUUCUACAAAGAAAGUGGUAAGGCAGGCAUUGAGGGGUGGUCAGGUAUAGUCAAGGGGACUUUAUUACGGCUUUUUCUAUUCCUAUCAGCUGUGAUAGUAAUACCAUAG